AUGUCUUCGGAUAUAGAAGAAACUCCUUUCUUAGAAGAUGAAGAAGCGGAAUUAAUUAAAGAAGUUUCGCGAAUGAACCCAGAAGAAUUGCGAAAAUUAAAAAAUGAAUUAGGAACUAAAAUUUUCAAUAAAAUAAUUCAAAAAAAGAACUCUACAAAGCCUAGUGGUAAGUAUCGUGUUCCUCAACCCAGAGCUCGGAAUGACGAUGAUCGACCUGUCGAAGUAUCAGCUAAGAGAAAAGUACCACCGCUAAUGAAUGUGGUACCUGUGAAGAAACCCGUCGCCAGAGAUCCUAGAUUUGAUAAACUCUGCGGAGAAUUUAAUGAAAGAGCGUUUAAGAAAUCCUACAGUUUUGUCAGUCAGCUGAAAGAGAAUGACAUUAAAGCACUGAAGAAAGAGUUGAAAAGGUUAGAGAAUCAGCUGAGAGAAGAACGUAAGGUACAGAAACAUAAGGAAGCAGAAGAGGCUGAGAAAAAACAAAUUGCUGAAGCUAUUAAGAGAGGAGAGCAACCUAUGUCAGCUGACUUCACUGAGAAGAAAAUCAUUGAUCUGGUUUCACAAUACGAAGAGUUGAAGAGUUCCGGUAAAUUACAGAAACAUAUAGAAAGGUUGAAGAAGAAACGACUUAGUAAAGAUAGAAAGAAAGGAUUAAGUCAUGAUAAUAAUGAAGAUAAUGAUGAUGAUGAAUAAAUGUAAAUUUUAUAUUGCAAAGUGUUAAAAAAAAAUUUUUUUUUAUUAUAAUAAAUCAAAGAAUAUAAUUUAUUAUUUAUAAAAUAAAAAAUUUAGACUAUUUAUUUAACAUGACAUAAAAAUUAUUUUG